CCUGUGCUGAACUUCCUCCCGUGGAUGUGCGCCAUUCUGCGCUUUCAUAACGCUGGGCUCGGGCAUCACAAUGCGCCUGUCCCUCCUCUAAAGACUGAGGCGGAGGGGGUGGGCUCAGCCGCACAGUGAGGGAGUGUCGUCGUGGGAGCGGCUGGCUCCUCACAUCACAUCACCUCCUUCUAUCCCUCCGUGCUGGAGGAGCGAGGAGGACUCACCUCACUUCCCCCGUCUCUCUCUCUCUCUCUGCGGACUCUCGGAUAACCUCACCCGGCUGGAAAAUGCUCGCGCUGCCGCUGCGUAUGGUCGCCCUGUGUACCUGGACCGUGUUUAGCGGAGCGUCCGCCGCCACGCACCAUAAUUGCAAUGGCCCUCUGGCGUCGGCGCUGCCCCGCUCGUCCUUUCAGAGCUCCUCACAGUCGUCAGCCGGCUUCGCAGCCCACAACGCCAAGCUGAACAGAAGAGAUGGUGCCGGCGGCUGGUCUCCCAUGGUAACGGACCAGGAGCCCUGGCUGCAGGUGGACCUGGGGGAGCAGAUGGAGGUGACGGCCGUGGCCACGCAGGGACGCUACGACAGCUGGGACUGGGUCAGCAGCUACCUGCUGCUGUACAGCGACGCGGGCCGGGCCUGGAAGCAGUACCGGCACGAGGACGGCGUGGGGAGGUUUGUCGGGAACGUGAACUCGGAGGCUGUGGUCCAGAACAAGCUGUCUCACCCGGUGAGGACGCGCGUCCUGCGCUUCGUCCCUCUGGACUGGAACCCCAGCGGGUGGAUGGGCCUCAGAGUGGAGGUGUACGGCUGCUCCUACAAGUCCUACGUGGCAGACUUCGACGGCAGGAGCUCGCUGCUGUAUCGGUUCAACCAGAAGUCCAUGUCCACGGUGAAGGAUGUGAUCUCUCUGCGGUUCAAGAGCCAGCAGGCCGAGGGCGUUCUGCUGCACGGAGAGGGCCAGCGCGGCGACUACAUCACCCUGGAGCUGCACCGGGGGAGGCUGGACCUCUACCUCAACCUAGACGACAGCAGGCCGCGGUUCAGCAGCCGCCGCGUGGCCGUCACCGUGGGCAGCCUCCUGGACGACCAGCACUGGCACUCGGUUCACAUCGAGCGCUUCAACAGGCAGGUGAACCUCACCGUCGACUCCCACACACAGCCGUUCCAGACCAAAGGGGAGGGACUCUCGCUGGAGGUGGACUAUGAGCUGAGUUUCGGAGGCAUCCCACUGCCUGGCAAGCCUGGCACCUUCCUGAGGAAGAACUUCCACGGCUGCAUGGAGAACCUCUACUACAACGGGAUCAAUAUCAUCGACCUGGCAAAGCGGCGCAAGCCGCAGAUCCACAGCGUGGGCAACGUGACCUUCUCCUGCUCGCAGCCCCAGCUGGUGGCGUGCACCUUCCUGAGCUCCAGCAGCAGCUUCCUGUCGCUCCCGCCGCCGGCGUCUGCCACCGGGGGCUUCUUCGCUCGCUUCCAGUUCCGGACGUGGAACGCGGACGGGCUGCUGCUCUCCGUGCAGCUGAACCCAGAGCCCCAGAGCCUGGAGCUGCAGAUCAGCAACAGUCGGUUACACUUGACCCUGCUCAGCUCGGGGCGGCGCAAAUCAGAGGUCUCUGCUGGCCACAGAGUCAACGACGGGCUGUGGCACUCGCUGAGCCUGGACACGCGGAACCUGCAGGUGGCCCUGAGCGUGGACAGCGAGCCGCCGUCCACCGUGGAGCUGUGGGAGCAGCUGGAGUCCAGAGGCAGCUUCUACCUGGGAGGCUGCGCCGGCGCCGACUGCCAGCGCCGGACGCCCAGCUUCCAGGGCUGCGUGCGCCUCAUCGCCAUCAACGGCCACCCCAUAGACCUGGGUCACGUGCAGCAGCGCUUCCUGGGGAAUUAUAAUGAAGUUCAGUUUGACACCUGCAACAUCAGAGACAGGUGUCUUCCCAGCCUGUGCGAGCACCGGGGCCGCUGCUCUCAGACCUGGGGCUCCUUCUCGUGCGACUGCUCGGGGACCGGCUACUCCGGCGCCACCUGUCACAACUCCAUUUACGAGUCGUCCUGUGAGGCCUACAAGCUGCUCGGCAGCUCCUCGGGCUUCUACUCCAUUGAUCCAGAUGGGAGCGGUCCGCUGGGACCCACACAGGUUUACUGCAACAUGACAGAGGAGAAGGUGUGGACGCUACUGAGCCACAACAGCUCAGCUCCCGUCUCGGUCCAGAGCUCGUCUACACAGAAACCUCACAUCAUGACGCUGAACUACAGCACCUCGGUGGAGCAGCUGCGAGCCAUCGUGUCGGGGUCGGAGCAGUGCCAACAGGAAGUGGUUUACACCUGCAGGAAGUCGCGUCUCUUCAAUACAAAAGAUGGCAGUCCUCUGUCCUGGUGGCUGGACCGCGAGGGGGAGAAGCGCAGCUACUGGGGCGGCUUCCUGCCCGGGGUCCAGCAGUGCUCCUGCAGCCUGGAGGAGAACUGCAUCGACCUGAACUACUUCUGCAACUGCGACGCUGAUACCGACGCAUGGGCUAAUGACACGGGGAUCCUCUCGUACAAAGACCACCUACCAGUGAGCCAGAUAGUGAUUGGAGACACCAACAGGACGGGCUCGCAGGCAGUCUACCACAUCGGGCCUCUGCGUUGUUAUGGAGACAAGUCUCUGUGGAAUUCGGCCUCUUUCUACCAGGAGUCCUCCUACCUCUACUUCCCCACGCUGCAGGCCGAGCUCGCCUCAGACAUCUCCUUCUACUUCAAGACCAACGCUCCUUCAGGAGUCUUCCUCGAGAACCUGGGCCUCAAGGACUUCAUCAGAGUGGAGCUCAGCUCUCCCUCUGUGGUGACUUUCUCCUUCGAUGUGGGCAACGGCCCGGCGGUCCUGUCCGUCAAGUCCCACCUCCCGCUCAACGACAGGCAGUGGCACUACGUCCGGGCCGAGCGCAACGUGAAGGAGGCGUCGCUGCAGGUGGACCAGCUCCCGCUGCGCUUCCUGGAGGCGCCGGCGGACGGACACCUGCGCCUGCGGCUCAGCAGCCAGCUGUUCAUCGGGGGAACCGCAUCCCAGCAGAGGGGCUUCCUGGGCUGCAUCCGGACUCUGGUGGUCAACGGCGCCAGCUUGGACCUGGAGGAGCGGGCGAAGAUGACGCCGGGCGUGAGCUCGGGCUGCCCCGGCUACUGCAGCGGCUCCAGCAGCCUCUGCCACAACCGCGGGAGGUGCAUCGAGAAGAGCAACGGCUACGUGUGCGACUGCUCCCAGUCGGCCUACGGAGGAACCACCUGUAACCAAGAGGUGUCGGUGUCCUUCGACAGAGAGUCCUCGGUGACCUACACCUUCCAGGAGCCCUUCUCGGUGAUGCAGAACCGCAGCUCGCACGCCACCAGCAGCGCGUCCACGGAGAGCGGCAGCCGCGCCAGGGAGGACGUGGCCUUCAGCUUCGUGACCUCGCAGAGGCCGGCCAUGCUGCUGAGCGUGGGCACCUUCAGCCAGCAGCACGUGGCCGUGGUCCUGGCCAAGAACGGGAGUCUGCAGAUCUGGUAUCACCUGCAGACAGACAGGAGUCCAGAUGUGUUCAGCCCGACGCACAGGAACCUGGCAGAUGGACGCCUCCACCGAAUCAGGAUCCACCGAGUGGGCAACACCCUCUAUGUUCAAAUCGACCAGGACAUCCACAAAAAGUACACGCUGUCAUCUGAUGCAGAGCUGAUCUUAAUCAGAUCCCUGACAUUGGGCAAAGUCACCAGAACAGACGACUUCGGCGAGGAGGUGAUGCAGGCGGCCGCUAAAGGUUUCGUGGGCUGCCUGUCCUCGGUCCAGUUCAACCACGUGGCUCCGCUGAAGGCGGCGCUGACCAACCGCGGGAGCUCGCUCGUCACCAUCCGCGGCCCGCUGGUCCAGUCCAACUGUGGCGCUCUGGCCGAGUCCACGUCGCACACGCUCCAAGAUCAAGCAGUAACAGCCAAUAAAGAUAAGGAGCAGCGUGGCGAUGGGACCCAGAAGGAUUUGGCGGUGAUAGCAGGUGUGGUCACGGCGGUGGUCUUCAUCGCCGUCUGCGCCCUGGCUGUGAUCAGUCGCCUCCUCUACCAGCAGCGCCGGGCCCGGAGGAGCGGCGGCGGCGGCGGCGGCGGCAGCAAAGACGAGCACAGGCACAGCGUGUACACAGACUACAGGACAGAGUUGCACCUCCACAGCUCAGUCAGGGACAACAUGAAGGAGUACUACAUCUAAGCACACGUACCUCUAUUACAAAGAGCCCACAGGUGGACGCGCCCCCGCAGCCUCUCUGACCACGUAUGUCCCCGCGCCCUGGACGCCUCCCGGGGACACUCUCCACCGCCGGCCAGAGGCUCAACCUUUCCAGUGUAGUCGAUGUUGGUAAAACUGUCCCGAUCCAGCUGCUGUGGUUUCUGUCGUCGUGUGAAGAAGGCGGCGCGGACGCCUCCCGCCCGCGAGCGAGCGAGCGCUCGCCGCCGCCCAUCCUGAAUGUGCACAACUUCUAAACCCCCUCAGACGCUGAGACGUCCACGGCUCAGUGGGACCCACUCAAUUGUACACGCAACGUCAGGAAACGUAGGCCAGGCCUGUAAGAUAUGCACACGUCGGCUGCUGUCUUUGUUUUUCCAGUGGUGGUGAAUGUUGUAGAAGAAGAAACGCGGACAAUACUGCCUAUACUGUACGAGUGCCUAAUUUGCAUACCCGUUUUUUUUAUUUAACACAAUUUACUGUGUGAUCUGCACAAAGGCGGUCGCAUCCACACACAGACGAGCUUAUUGUUAUUCGGUUGUGCAACCCACGAGCGUGGAUCAAAAGCGGAGUUUCCCAUCAUGCACUGCUGUACGUCCACCUGCUACGUAGACAAGCUGAAAUAGUCCGUGGAGGUUCACAGGUUAGUGGAGAGGGGCCACCGUGCAGGUACAUGCAGCCUGAGGCAAUAGGUAAUAGUAUAUUUAUUCAUUGUGCAAAUCAUGGGUGUGUUUAUUUCCGGUACAUGAAACACGUGUGUAUAUUGAACCAUGAGAGUAGCAGAAUUAAGGAAUCAAUGGAGCAGAUUAGAAUAUUUAAAUCUGAAGUGAUAUACACAGUAACAGCUUCAUUUGCAACCACCUGUGAGCGGCUGCAGGCAGGAAGCAGCGUCUCCAGGCCAAAAGCCUCUGCAGUGACUGAUGCCGCACGGGAGCGUCUGCUCAGCUGCAGGCAGUGUGGAGCUGUGGUCCAGGACGCUGCGCUGCUGCAGGUGAAACGCUCCCCUCCGGCGUGGGCGCGUCCGUGGGAGCCACCAGCAGCAGCGGGCGCAGCCGUAGAGCUUUUAGCAGGCUCAAAAGGCCACCUGACUUCCCUUUGCUGUCUGAUUACAGGGAAAUGUGUUUUCUACAUGUUUCAGCUGAAUACUUUUCUAUACCAAACUCUGGUUGAUUGUAAGUCAGAAGUCUUAAAUCUACAGUAACUAAAUCAAAGCGUGGAUUUGAACAUAUUGGAUCUGUAGCGUUUGAGCUGAAGGUGCCAGAGGAGCGGUCGUGUUAAAAUCCAUCAGCUCUGUGAACAGGUUGAACUCAUUAUCAGGCGGGUCGGUCAGAACGCGCUGAGGCUGCGUCUGUGAGAAGCAGCUGACUCCAUUUAGCGGCUCAGAGCGCUGACGGAGCCACGGACGAAAGACUCACCCUCGCGACUGGAGGAGGACGUGGGGUCUCGAGCCUCUGGACUCUACCUGUGCAUGUCCAUGUAAUCUAAGUAUGUCUUGAGAUGUGACAGUCUCACCUGCAUCAAAUGUUACCACCCAUUCAACAGCUCCUCAGUUUGUCCGGACCCCAUGAUUCCUACGUGUUCCAACAUCGAGUCCGAGCCCAGGCCCAGAGACGCUCACUAACACAUGUAAACUAAGGCUUUCUUUCCACCAGGUGACAACGUUUGAAUCAGCUGAUCUGCAGAUCUGUAUCAGAAUGAACACAUACCUCUCAGAGUGUUUAGGUUAUAUUGCAAUGGCUAAUAUGAUGUGGGUUCUUCUUCUUAAUGAUUUGUAUAGCUGCAGUUUUAUUAAGGAUCUAUUGUAUAGAUGUAUAAUUUAAUAAUAAAAGUGAAUAUAUUGUUAA